UAAUGUUUUCUCCAAUAGUUUUUCGAAUAAAAAUACUUUUAUUUUGCCUAUUAUUUAAUCAAUCUUUGUCAUUGGAAUGUUUCACUUGCAGUUCUCAGACGAAUUUAAACAGCGAUAUGUACAGUAGAUGUGAAUACGUGGAUUAUUCAUAUUAUGACAAGUCCAACUUAUCGCAUUGCCCUUCUCCAAAUGUUUGUGCCAAAUACAUAGUAGAACAUGACGGAGUAAAAUGGGUACAUAGAGCAUGCCAACCAAGAGACAUCUGUUCCUUCAUUGCAGCAAGAUAUAACGACCCCAGAAAUAUCUUAAUAGAUUGUCAGACAUGUUCAGAUGAGAAUGCGUGCAACUCAAUUGGAAAAAUCAUACCAUUUUCAAUAUUAUUUCUGUUACCGUUAUUUUUAGUUAAGCUUUGAGUGUGAUAAUCGUAAAAGUUAUUGUUCAAAUUCCUAAAAGUGUUUCUUAUUUUAAGUAUACACAUUUUUUGUUCAAUAUUGAUUUCUUACUGUUGAAAAUCUGUCUUUUAUGUGGGUUUUGGGUAUUGGGU